AGCGGCCGGGCCCGGCCUCCAGCUGGCACCGUACCGCACCGCAGCGGCCUCCAGCUGGCACCGUACCGCACCGCAGCGGCCUCCAGCCGGCACCGUACCGCACCGCAGCGGCCUCCAGCUGGCACCGUACCGCACCGCAGCGGCCUCCAGCUGGCACCGUACCGCACCGCAGCGGCCUCCAGCUGGCACCGUACCGCACCGCAGCGGCCUCCAGCUGGCACCGUACCGCACCGCAGCGGCCUCCAGCCGACACCACAGCGCCCAUACACCACCCACUGUGCCGCCGUGCAGGCCGCCCGCCCGCCUCGCAUCCACCGUGACUUUAUAAAGGAGCAUACGUGAAGAGAUAUUGGCUCAAGAUGGGACCCCGACGAAAAAUUAUCAAAACAUAUUUAACUUUGAAUAAAGGAGGAGAAACCGCAAAGGAUGUUGAGCCGAAGGAUUAUAUGAAUCAUUUUUCGCAUGAAGUGCUGUGUCAUAUAUUCAGGUAUCUCCCGCUACAAGAUAUCAUGUGUAUGGAAUGCUUGUCCAGAAAGUUGAAGGAAGCAGUUACAGUAUACAUGCGAGUAGUGAAGGUUGUUGACCUCUGUGCAGGCUGCUGGUGGGAAUACAUGCCAACAGGAUUCAUCGAUGCCAGUUUUUUAACUUUGUUAAAGAAAAUGCCUGACUUGGAACAACUGUAUGGAUUGCAUCCUCGGUACUUAGAAAGGCGACGAGUAAGAGGGCAUGAUGCAUUCAGUAUUCCAGGUGUACUUGAAGCAUUACAAGCCUGCCCUAAUCUAGUUGGUGUCGAAACUUCCCAUUUAGAAUUAGUAGAAGCCAUCUGGAAUUACAUGCCACAGGUGCACAUCUUGGGAAAAUUUCGAAAUCGUGAUGGUGCUUUCCCAGUCCCUCCAGAAAACAAAUUAACAAUUCCAAUAGGAGUGAAGAUACAAACUCUUCAUCUCGUUGGAGUUAAUGUUCCAGAAAUUCCUUCUAUCCCAAUGUUGAGGAACCUGUAUCUGCAGUGGGUACGACUAAUCAAACCUCAGCCUUUCAAAGAUUUUCUCUGUGUCAGUUUACGCACUUUUGUUAUGAGGAAUUGUGCAGGUCCUACCAAUUCCUUAAAGUAUGUUCCACUGGUGACUGGGUUAGCUUCAGCCAGGAACUUGGAACAUUUGGAACUGGUUCGAGUACCUUUUCUUGGAGGUUUGAUUCAACAUGUAGUUGAGGACAGCUCAAGAUCAGGUGGUUUCCGGAAUCUGCAUACUAUUGUAUUUGGAGCAUGCAAAAAUGCACUUGAAGUUGACCUUGGCUACCUCAUUAUUACUGCUGCACGUAGGUUACACGAAGUUCGUAUUCAACCUUCACUAACCAAAGAUGGUGUUUUCUCAGCACUAAAAAUGGCAGAGCUGGAAUUCCCUCAGUUUGAAACCUUACACCUUGGAUAUGUCGAUGAAUUUUUAUUACAAUGUAAAAUGAACAAUGUUGAAUUAGUGAAGCAUGGAUUGGCAGAUGUUAUAGAAAAUCCUGGCAUCAUUACAGAUAUUGGGAUGAAAGCUGUAAAUGAAGUAUUUCCAUGCAUCAAAUAUUUACUUAUUUAUAACUGUCCACAUCUCCACAAUGCACACAAUUGGAUUACAGACCAUUCACGGUGGAUUCGCUUAGUGGAUCUUACACUAGUCCGUUGCCAUGCCAUUAAAUUAGAAUCAUUCAGUCAAUUUAUAGAAAUGCUGCCAAGUUUGGAGUUUAUUUCAUUGGAUCAAAUGUUCCGGGAGCCUCCAAAGGGCUGUGCUCGUGUUGGUUUGAGUGCUGGCACAGGAAUCGGUGUUUCGUCUGCUCUUGUUAGCAAUCAAAAUUCCAACAAUGAUAAUGAUAACCACCAAAAUAAUCAUGCUAAUGUCAAUAACAACAAUAAUGAGGAAAAUGAUGCCCAGCAAGAAAGAGCAGCAGCUGAUCUCCCAAACCCAGUGAAUGAACAAAGACUCCAGGAGGCAGUACAGGAUGGCAGGCCUGAUAAUACUGACUGUAAUUCUGGCCAGAAUUGUGAACAGUCUGUGACCUCCAUGGGUGUGGAUGAAGAACAAGCAGGACCAAGUGGGCUUCAGCCAACUGUCAAAGUAAAUCCAGUGAUUGUAAAUGAUUCAGACAGUGAAGAUGAUGAUGAAUAUAGUAUAGAUACUUCUGCGAAUUGGAAUGGACGUGAUGAUGGGGAUCAUUUUGCAGAUGAGGGGAAAAAAAGUGCACCUUUACUUUGUGAAGGAACAGGCGUUUGUGGUAAAGGCAAGACCCCAUUACGGAAAAAAAGCCUAGUUAAUCAGUAUGAUCUUCAAAGACCAUCCAAAGUGGAUGAAAGCAGUUGUGAAAAAAGCUGUCAAGUGACCAGUGAACAAAUAAAAGCUGAUAUGAAAGCAGCCAGCGAUGGCCCAGAAAGGAACAGGAGCAAAGAUGUUUCUUGUGCAACUGGAAUUUGUUCCAGUCCAUCAGGAACAGCCAACUCAAACAUUGCUACAUCUUCUCAAAGUAUGGAAUCUAAUGGGACAGAUACACUGAAUGGUGGGUGCAGACAUUAUAAUGCAGCAUAUUCACCACAGUUUGAUAGUGGAAUUCAUAACUGUUCAUGUUCUACGCAUAGAAUUGGAGACUCGUCUAGUAGCAAUGAGCAAAACUCAAGGAAUGGUUCAGUUCCAACUUGCUGCAUGUGCAGCACAACUCAGGUAAAUGAAAGCACGACAUGUGGAUGCUCUGAACCCAAUGAGCCUUCCACAAGCAAGGCAUCAUCUGAUAAGUCUGAUUUAAACGGACGCUGUAACACAGAUUCAACAGAAUCUGAAUUUUCACAGAGAAAAUCUUCCAUUUGCAAGCAAGAACACCAAAACAUUGGUAAUGGCAGGACUAAUGGUGAGUGUGGUGGUGUCAGACACGCAGAGAAUACGAAUCAUCAUCCCACAUGCUCUGAAGGGACCCAGAAAGAAGGCUAUCCACGUAGACCUGUGACAAGGUCGAGUAGCAAAUUUGGACAGAUUCCACUGAUCGCAGAGCCAGAUACUACUAAACCUAAGCCCAGGCAUACUGUCAAAAGGAAACGAACUGCUGAUAAAUCCACAAGCACUAGUGAUCCUGUCAUUGAGGAUGAUCAUGUUCAGGUUCUUAAUUUGAAAUCCAAAAAUUUGGUUGGGAUUACACUUACUAAUUGUGGAAUUACAGAUUUAUUGCUCAGAGAUUGUCCCAAGAUGAUGUUCAUCCAUGCUACACGAUGCAGGGUACUGAAACACUUAAAGGUGGAGAAUGCACCAAUUGUAAACAGAUUUGACUAUGUACAGUGUCGGAAGCUCAACAUUGAACAAGUCCUUGACCAAAUUUUACGAAUGCCUCCAGAAAGGAAUCGUAUCAUUUAUCUCCGGCCAAUGCACCAGGUUGAUACUUUAAAACUGGAAAGGAAUAUAUUUAGUGGACCAUAUCCUUAUCACAUUUGCAUUAUUCAUGAGUUUAGCAACCCACCAAAUGUGCGGAAUAAGGUUCGCAUUCGUAGUUGGAUGGACACGAUAGCAAACAUUAAUCAAGAAUUGAUCAAGUAUGAGUUCUUCCCAGAAGCCACUCGGACUGAUGAUGAUGUAAAGAAAUAUCCAAAGUACCCAUGGGGGAGAGAUAUUUACACAUUAGAGGGAACAGUAGAUGGAGCUCCUUACUUCAUGAUCACUGAUUUCCCGUGGCUUCGCUCCCUGCGUACUGCAGAACCAAACAGCUAUGCAAGAUAUGACUUUGAAGAUGAUGAGAGAACUACAAUCUACGCUCCUCGGAGAAAAGGACAACUGUCACCAGACAUUUGUAUGGAAACAAUUGGUGAGGUGAUCUCUGAACGGCGGCAGAUGCGAAGUGGUGUAUUCCCACGAGUUGUAGCUAUUUUCAUACAUUAUUGUGAUGUCAGUGGAGAUCCUGUUCAUGAUGACUAUAUCUGACUAUGCCUUCCUUGCUUAUGACUGUUCAAAGGUCCGAGACUACAGCCUGCAAGAUUUGAAUUAUCAGCACUGUGUAGCUGCAUUAUGUCCCAAAUACUUUUGGAAGAAAUUAUAUAAUUGUGUAUAAAAAAAUUUGUGUACAAAAGAUUUCUGUAUAGAGAUGCUCUUAAAAGAAUUAGCUUCCUGAAGCAGUAUCAUUUCAUAUGUUUAUACAAUUAAAUUCAUUUAAAUGUUAUUGAUAGGGAAAUAUAAAUAGAAUUUAAAAUGGCUAUUUAUAUCCUCAACUUAUACAAUUCCUAAGGUGAGCAUUUUUGAUAUUUUGUUACAAAACAGGUGCAAAGUGUUUAAAAACAAGAUAAAAUGAAGGCCACAUUCUUUGGCGUGUUUCAUAGCCCAGUAAAGAUGUGACUUAACACUUAAUUUUUUUUUUGGUACGAUGUGCCUUUUCCCCUUAAAAUCCACUUUUGAAUGUGUUAAUGAAAGAAAAAACAAGAACUGUGUGGACUUCCUUUUAUAUAAUAUAUAUCUCUAAUUUGAACAAUAUAUUCAUGCCUUGUUAUGAGGUAUUUGCCCUAGUUGCGAGUAAUCUAGUAACUAAAAAUAGCUUUUUAUUAUACAAUGACAUGCAUUUUGUUGUGCACUGCUUCCAAGGAACAAGUGGCAGGGAAAUUCAAUUAUAAUAAAAUAAUAAAAUAUUUAAAUACAAGAAGCAUUUCUGAAUACCUAUUUCAUUAGGUUUAUUCUAUUCCCAGUAUGCUGUUUAGAAUUUCUAGUUUUUUUUUCCCCAAUACCCAAAUGCUUUGUUCUUGUUUUCCAAAAGAUAGGUCUUGCUUUGAAUUAUUUUGAUACUACAGAAACACCUUAUCGGACUUCUAUUUGGUGAAAGGCAAUUUAACUUUCAGGCCUGCAUUGGUCAUAGUUGUCAGAGAUCGCGUCAAAUCACAUAAUCCAGUUUUUAGCUUUAGGGUUACAGUGUGGAAACAGGCCUUUUGGCCCAAUGUAUGUACUGAUCAUUCAUACAUUAGUUCUAUCCUACACACUAGGGACAAUUUACAGAGGCCAAUUAACCUACAAACCAGUAGGUCUGUGGGAGGAAACCGAUGCACCCACGUGGUCACAGAGAAUGUGCAAACUCCGUACAGGCAGCGCAUGUGGUCGCGAUUGAACCUGUAUGGCGGCAAACCGACUGCUGUGCCACUGGUAUCAGCAUCAUGUUACAGAAGUCCAACAUAGCGAAAAACAAUUAUGAACUUGGAUUAGAAAACAAAUGUUUCUGUUUACAUCCAUUAUUUUUAUGGCUGAUAACUUAGCUUUUAGUUUGUACCAAUUGUAGUUUAUACUCGAUCUGCCAAACGUCCCAUUAUCUGCAACUGUUUGUAAAUGUUUUUCUGUUUCAGUACGAUAACAGUUUACGAUUGGGACUGCUGUCACAGGUUUCACAUUUUUAAUAUGAUUGAUGAAUGGUCUAUAGUAAUAUGUAUCUGGCCAAUUUAUUUUCUUAAAUGGGAGGUUCAGCAGCCCAAGUUUGAAGCACUGGAAUUUUCUCACUGUGUAUCUAUUUCUCUCAAGAUGCUCUGCUAAACUACCUCCAGCCAAUCUUUUGGUCAGCAUAAGCUUUUUGUCAAUGCUCCAGUGAAGUGCAUUAUGAGGCAAGUGGUGUAUAAAUGCUGUAACUGUUCACUGGCUCCAUGUUUUUCUCUUUGGUUAUUGACCAGUUUACACUCCUAGUCUUUGAAUAGGUUUCCUAAUCCCAGGAGAUGUCAAUUCUGUAUUUGUCAUAAGGAAUAGGAGUAGAAUUCAGCCCAUCAAGUCUCCUCCGCCAUUUAAUAGUAAGAUUAAAUGAGAACUUACCAGUUUGAAGUUUGAUCUUGAUUUUAUGAGGAGUUACGAUGAGCGAUUACGUGAAGAAGGGCCGUCCGUCUGCGUGCGCGUCAAUCUUCAAAGCAACGGUGUUAAAUCACAGAUAAAAAAGACCUGAGAAUAGUAAGAUUGUGAAAAACUAGAACUUCCAUAUGACCUUGAUAAUAUGAGGGUGGGAGCGGUGGGCACGUAAUCGCUCAUCGUAACUCCUCAUAAAAUCAAGAUCAAACUUCAAACUGGUAAGUUCUCGUUUUAUCUUACUAUUUUACUUCGGAGUCACAUGAGUGACUACGUGAAGAUUUCAAAGCUCUGUGAUUUCACGCCGGUUACGAAUCCAGGCGUCACACACUGAAUGGAUUGACCAUGGAUGAGUAUUAUUAAAGCACUCAGACAUAACUGAGGUGGAGCGCGUCUCCAACUACAAAUUCCUCGGGGUACACAUCUCGGAGGAUCUGUCCUGGUCCCUCAACACCUCCAAGCUGAUCAAAAAGGCGCAGCAGCGCCUUUACUUCCUGAGGAGGCUCAAGAAAGCUCACCUGUCCCCCCAGAUCCUGACCAACUUUUACCGCUGUACCAUCGAAAGCAUCCUGACCACCUGCUUCACGGUAUGGUACAGCAGUUGCACCGUAGCGGACAGGAAGGCACUACAAUGGGUGGUGAAAACCGCGCAGUACAUCAUCGGUGCCCCGCUCCCUGCCAUGGAUGCCCUCCACCGAAAACGGUGUCUGAGACGGGCCGGGAAGAUCAUUAAAGACCCCUCCCACCCCAACCAUGGACUGUUUGCCCUCCUCCCAUCAGGGAGGCGGUACAGGAGCCUCAGGUCUCGUACCAGUAGGAUGAGGAACAGCUUCUACAAUAAUACCAUCACAUUGCUGAACUCGGAGUCCCGCCGAUAGACUUCUCCAGUCUCUCCGUCCACAUUGUUCGAUUAUUGUUUGAUUAUUCUGUAUUUUUAUUUUUAAUUCUAUAUUGCACUAUACUACGGACUGACGCUAAACUGCAUUUCGUUGUACCCAUACUCGUAUUUGUGCAAUGACAUUAAAGUUGAAUUGAAUUGAAUUGAACGUAGUUAGUAAAGACACUGAUGCUUUAAAAUAAAGAAAAAUAAA